AUGUCUCGAAGGUCAUCCAGAAACACGUCUGUGGUUUCCUCCGAGUCGAGGCGUGUAUGUAUUCCCCAAUCCGAAGGGCUGAUCUUGCCUUGUGGCCCAGUCGAUGAACACACUCUACUGCACCCACAUCAACAGACGGAACGUACGCUCGUAGACCAGGAAGGGUCGUUCCAGUUUGACCGAGAAGACGAAGAGCAUGAUGAAGAAGUUACAGCAUGGAAGGUGCUGCCAUGGUGGAAAAGACCGUCGCCAUACUGGUUGAUAUUUUCCACGCCUCUAGCAACGUUGGGUUUCUCUGCGCUCAUCGGUCCUCGGGUGGAAAUGUACACUAUUCUCGCAUGCCGUGUACAUGGCCCAGCGCCUGGACUUGAGUCACAGUAUGAACCAAACGACACGCUACAUCUAGCUCAGCCACAUUCAGUGUUAUCCACAGACACGGCGAAUAUUCUACAUGACGGAUUGAAUCUAGAUGAUCCCAAUGAUUCGUUUGUGUCUGCUCAAUCUGUGUCUGUAUACGUUCCUGCACAUACUGGCCCCAGACAGUCACACGGUUUAGACCGCGACCAAUGCGCGUCCGACCCAGUCGUGCAAGCUGCCGUUGCGCAAUUGUCCGCAGUUCUGAACACUACUAUGGGUAUUUUGAGCUGCCUUACUACCGUUUGGUGGGGUUCGUUCGCAGACCGUUUUGGCCGAACAUUAGUCAUGGGCAUAUCAAUGCUCGGUUUGCUUUCGAGUGAUUUAAUCUUCAUUGUUACUGCAUUCCUUGUGGAACGGCUCCCAGGCGGAUACUGGUUCUUGAUACUCGGUUUUGCAUUGGACGGUAUGGCUGGCGGGAUGACUACUGGGGUUGCUGCUUCCCAUGCCUAUCUCGCUGACAGUACUCAUCGUUCUGAGCGAUCUCGUAUGUUCUCUCUAGCAUUGGGUGCCGUCUUUUUUGGUGUAGCCCUCGGUCCUGUCAUUGGAGGCAUCUUAAUUUGGGCGACAGGCUCGACACUUUCCGCAUUCUAUUUAUCUGCGACUGUCCACGCGCUGUACGCUGCUUUCAUGUUUUUGAUCGUCCCCGAAUCCCAGACAAAAGCGAGAGCAUUUGGCGCUCAGAAAAGACGACAGGCGUCACUUGAAAGACGAAAUGGUGAGGCCCUAGGAGUUGCAUCCGUCUUAAAGAGCGCCAUGAGGUUCUUCAGCCCUCUAGCAAUUCUUAUGCCUGAGCAUACCAAUGUUGACGGAAACCCACUCAAACACUCCAAGAGAGAUUGGAGUUUAUGCUUCAUCGUUGCUAGCUAUGGUUUCACGAUGUUCCAGUUGGUGUGGUACCAUCAUAUCUUCGUGUAUGCAGCAGGGAAUUUCAGGUUUUCAUCGGAAACGAUUAGCUACUGGGUCGCUUUCACUGGAGCAAACCGUGUACUGUUCUUGACUGUCAUCUUGCCUGUUAUCAUCAAGCUUCUGAGGCCGGCGCCCGUGCAGCUCCGCACUGCCCCGGAUGAGCCACUUCAGAACCUGUCUUCGCAGACCCUUCCAAGUAGGCGGAAUAACACAGGACCACCCUCUCAUUCUGCGAAAUUUGAUCUCAAUCUCGCUUGA